AUGCAAAAGGUGUCAUAUUUAUUAUUUAUCACAUUACUGGGGAAAUCUUCCCUCAAAGUCAAACGCAAAGCAAAUGAUAGGAAAAAGUUUAACACUAAGAAAUACCCGAAUGAUGAUGUAAUAUUAUCAAAUCCAGACUUAAAAUUCUCUCAAAGAUCAAUUGUAUCAAGUAGUUCAAAAGAAAGAGAGGACAAAGUUCCUUUUGUGGUUGAACCAGAGUCAAUUGUUUUCAACGCUUAUCAAAUAGGAAACAUGUAUGAGACUACUGUUAAAAUACGCAAUGUUUCAAAGAUUGCUCGGUCAAUUCGUGUUCUACCGCCUAAAACAAGCUAUUUUUCAAUAAAUGAAGGAAAAUUUCCACUUCCCGGCAGUAGUGUUAUUGCGCCUGGAAUGGCUGCCAAUUUUAUCCUACGCUUUUCACCUGAUAAUCUUGGUGAUUUCGAAGAUGAAUUCAUAGUGAAGUAUGAAAAUCAAAUGGAACCGUUGAAUGUUAAACUUUUGGGAAGAAAAUCCCGUCCACACCUUAAUAUACAUGAAUGUUACGAUUUGGGUUCUACACUGAAAGGCAGCACAAAAGUGAAUCAUAUACAAAUUGAAAAUUAUAAUCCAGAAAUUGUCUCUAGUGGAGAAUUCCUCUUUUUAACUAAAGAAUUAUUUGAUAAGUGUUCAAAGUUUGAUGCAAAGAAAUUCGCCGAAUAUAAUACACUUUGUGAGACGAACAACUCACCUCGUCUCUGUUUGGAAUCCUUUUCAAUUGAACCUGUACGAUUUACUCUGGAAGCAUUAAAGUCAGUUACAAUAAGAAUUGAAUUCAAUCCAUUUCAUCUGGGAGAAUAUCAGUGGGAACUUGUAUUAAUCUGUGAUAAUGGACAAUUCUUUCCAGUAACAUUCAAAGGCUUUAGUGAGGAAUUAAAAUUAGAGAUAACGGAUAUUACUAACGACAGUGUCAAUAGUUCAUUAAGAAAAAUUCCAAGCGAGUCAAAGGAAUUAUUUUAUUUUUAUCAAUUUCCAAUACAAUAUCCGUUUACUGUUUCUCCGAAGGCAAUCAAAAUAUCUAAUUUCUGUUCACAAUCACUACGUUUUCAAUGGGUUCAACAAAAUCCAAUUGAUCAAAUCUAUUGUACAGAAUAUACCUCGGACAGUUUGAUUAAAAGUGAUGACAUGUUAAAUCAACGAAAAUCGUUAACUACAAGUUUGACAACAACUCCAGAUGUACAGAAUCAUGAAAAUCUCCCUUUGUUAUUCACAAUUCAUCCAACAACUGGAGUGUUUGAAUCGAAUGAAACGAAGUCAUUUGAAAUUCGUUUUAAUCCAACCGAGAUUGGAACAUUUAGAUCUCAACUUGAAAUGAUUUUGCUCAAUGUGCCAGAAGUGGACGAAAGCAACGCAUGCUGUUAUAAAUUGGAUAAAAAACAUUUAACUAUGGAAUUAAAAGGUGUUGCCGAGUCUUUACCCAUAUCAAUUGAACCGUCAAUUUUAAUUAUACCUGGAAAGUGCCUACUUGAUGUUCCUUUGCAUAAACUAUUCAACUGGUGA